UAGUUCCUCUGCCGACUUCUCUUUAUCCAGAUUCCUAGGAGCAGCCUGAAGCAUAAUUCUCUUCACACUCAAUCCAUCAGUCUUCUUUUUCCUAGCCAAGUAUCAUGGUACAGACGAAGUUUGCUAUUGGGUAAUCUCCGGUCAUGGGAUGAGGAUCAUGGAACGCACGGCACGCUUCGAUUUUUGAUCCCUGAACUGAAGACGGGGAGCGUAUGGAGGGAUUAAGGAAGGAGGAUCUGUUCGACUUCAAGAACCCGCUAGUUCCGCCGGAGAAUCCGAUCGGGGAUGAGUUCGUGUCCAUCCAUUGUGUGUCGGAUUGUAGCAUCUACAGAGUCCCAAGGUCGAUGCGCGAAGGGUAUGAAAAGGCAUUCAGCCCUCGAUUCGUUUCGCUCGGGCCAUUUCACCAUCGCAUCAAGGAUCUGCAAGCGUUGGGGCACAAGGAAAGUUACUUCACCGACUUUGUGCGAGUGAGCAAGCUAAGCGCGCAAGGUCUGUUCGAGUUCGUCAAGGGAAGGGAAGAAGCCAUCCGCGAGUGCUAUGCGGAGAAAAUUGAGCUAGAAAGCAACGAUCUCGCGAGAUGUAUUCUAGUGGACUCUGUUUUCAUCAUCGAGAUCUUAUUGAAGAAUAGAGAUCGCAGCUUAGUAGGCAAGAACGAUCGGAUAUUCAAAAAGCCGUGGCUGAUUCAUGACAUCAAGUUCGACAUAUUGAAGGUGGAAAACCAGAUCCCUUUUGCCAUCAUUGAGGACCUCUUAGCAUUGCAUCAAUCAACCAGAAACUCUGACGAUGAAAGGCUCUCUCUCGGUGUUCUCACACAUGAAUUCUUCAAGUUGCAUUUAGGAGGCAUAACAGAGAUAGGAGAUGACUUUUCCAAGGUCUCGUCCAUGAACUCAAGCCACUUUGUGUCUGCGCUCAGAAACUAUAACUUGCCAUCAGUGACACCGUCGCGACCUAAGAAAGUUAUCAAGAGUCUAGCCACUCCUAGCGUGAUGGAGCUGAGCCAAGCUGGGGUCAAGUUCCAGGUCGGCUCGGGGAAGAGUUUAUUUGACGUGCGAUUCUCCAACGGAACGCUUGAGAUCCCAAAACUGAACAUAUACUUCGGAGCAGAUGUACUGUUGAGAAAUCUUAUCGGCUUUGAGAGAUGCAACUGCCUGGAGAACUACAUUAAUGACUACAUCAUCUUCAUUGGUCUUCUUGUUCACUGUCCCGAGGACGUGGAGAUGCUAGUGGAGGAAGGAAUCAUCCGCAUCAGUACAUGGGACAGCAAAGAAGUUUUCGCGCUCAUCAAGAGCCUCGUGAAAGGAGCGAGGUUCAUUCCAGAUGAUUUCUACUUCUCUGGUCUCUGCACCGAGCUGAAUGAGUACUACAGAAUCCCUUGGCACAGGUGGAAGGCGAUGCUGAAGCGCGACUACUUCAACAGUCCAUGGUCCAUCAUAUCGGUUGUUGCAGCCGUCGUUCUUCUCCUGCUCACUUUGGUACAGACAGUGUUCUCUGUUAUUUCUAAAUAG